AUGGAAAAUGACGGGGAGAAAAUGGCGGGGAAGGGAGCCCACAAGCGAAGCAGAAUGGACUUCGAAGAUGAUAACGGCUUGACAGAAGAUGACUCUGAGUACAGUCGUUCGGAUGAAGAUGAGGAAGGAUGGUGGACUGAAAAUGAGAGCGAAGAUUCGAAUGUCGAACAGGAAAUCGAAGAGCACGAAUAUACCAUCUCCGAUGACCCGACACGAACAAUUAAAAUCCGGUUAUCGUUGACAGAUGAAGGAUUCAGCGAAUCUAAGUGGAUAAAAAACUUUGUCGCCGAAUGCACCUGUGAUGGCGUCACCGUCGCCAACGCUCUAGCCCGCUAUAUUCAUCGAGAAGAUAUUCGCCCUGAAUUCUGGGAAAGGAUGGAAGAGCCCAGCGAGGAAACGUGCGAUGUGGCCUUCGAUAUCUUUGAUCGAUAUGGAACAGUCCAGGCCAAGUACAAGGACCAUCCAGUGCAAAGAGGAACUGGUAUAUGGGGAAAUGAGAUUGAUCAUGGCCCUCUUUUUCUACUUGAGAAGCUUCAUGUCACAGCACUUGAACUACGUCGGAAGGGACUCGGAUGCAAAGUGGUGUCUUUACUAUUGGAAAAGGCGAAGAGGUUCCACCAACAUGAAAGGCCAGAUGGUGAAGACGCGGAUCUUAUCUAUGGUUCCGACGAGGCUUUCGAGCGAGCAUGGACUCUUCACGCUCUAGUUAGGCCUGGAUAUCUAACAGCCGAUACCAAACCGCAGCUCAAGGGCAAACCCGCUGAAGAACGCUUAAUAACAAAAAAUCGAAGUGAAUCUGCUGCAAUUGACUUUUGGCGAUCGUGCGGGUUUCGUCGAAUUGGAGCAUCUCGCUGUUUUGCAUUAUCAUUCGAUCUCCAGCAUCAGUCUCGCGCAUUUGCGGCGGCGUGUGAUUUUGAACCACGGAGGAGUAAUGCGGAAGAUCUCGAGGACGAAGAGCUUGAAAUUCUGUAUGACGCAGACCCUUGGACUACUGUAAAGGAACUGAAAAUGGAAAGGCUUCGUGACUUGUUGCCACUACAUCACGCAAGUCUCACUCUAACGGAUGAAGAGCUCAGGGCUUUCUUCAUCACUCAUGCUGAUGAUAAGAUUGGCUGGAAUCAAGUGACGAAAUCUGAAGCCACGCUUCUACAUCUAACAGCUUGCGAAAUCAAGCCUUUAAGUACACAAUGGCUCCUUGAGAAUGUUCCCCGCGCCGACACUUGGAAGGCUGCUCGUGACAUUGACGGGCUCACCCCGCUCGAAGUGUUACAGGAGAAGUUAGAAAAAAUGAGAACACGAAAGUUCUAUGGUUUUUUCAGGGUACUCAACAUAUCGGAUCGCUUCGAAGGGAACUCUGAGGCCGCAGUGUCCUGUCUUUCACUGCUAUUUGGACAGGAUACUCUGGGGCUUAAUAAAGCAUGCCUUCGAUACGGGUGUACAUGCGGCGACUGCGUGGGGGGUUUUAUUUCCGCCCGAAUGAGGAGUUCUCUAACCUUUCAGGGCGAACUUACGUAUGACCUUAUGCAGGAAGGAAUUGAUGAUGGCAGCUUUUGGGUAGAAGACAAUGACUACAUCAUCAUACACCUCAAUGCCGAUGUGCGACAAAACCUCAAAAGCAACAAGUCAUUACGAAGAGGCUUUAUGAAUAUUUUCCGACUUGCCGUUGAGUGUCUUAAGGCCAAUAAGGUCCCCAGCGCAGAAAACCUUGAGUGGUAUUCUAACAACCGGAGCGAGUGGCCGCCACAUUCCAAGAACUACCUACGACGCGCUGGAACGCAGAUGGGAUGCUGGGCAGUGCUUCGGUAUAUGUUUAAAACUGCCAAGGACUGGGACGAGAAAGCAGGUAACGGAGAGUGUCAACUCACGUUGGAAAAAACAUGGUCAGACCUUCCAACAUGUAGAAACGAUCAUGAGUUUGAAUUCGUUGCCCGGGUUUGUGGUUACGGUGGGGUAGAUUGCCUUUCGUUGCCAGGCUGGUACAUGUAA